AUGCCGACGGAGCCUGUGCCUGGUGUCCUCCGGAGCAGCCGGACACAGCGCUGCCGCUCUCCUCGCCCCCCGCGCUCUGGACCGGGAGGUGCCUGGCGGGGUGUCCUCCCCUGCAGCCACCAUGCUGGCCAUGGGGGCCUGGAGGCGUGGGUGCCGCAGCGGCUCAGCUUCAGCCUCUGGGACUACAGCGUCUUCGGGCUGAUGCUGCUCGUCUCCACCGGCAUCGGGCUCUUCCACGUGUUGGGGGUGCCGGCGGAGGCGUAUCGCUACGGAGCCAAAUUCCUCUGGAUGUGCGUGGGGCAGCUGCUCAACACCCUGCUCACCGCCCAGCUCUUCCUCCCCAUCUUCUACCGCCUGGGGCUCACCAGCACCUACGAGUCCCCGGAGCGCCGGUUCCGCAGGAGCGCGGGCACCGUGCAGUACGUGGUGGCCACGAUGCUGUACACGGGGAUCGUCAUCUACGCCCCUGCCCUCAUCCUCAACCAAGUGACUGGCCUGGACAUUUGGGCGUCCCUGCUCUCCACCGGCAUCAUCUGCACCUUCUACACCACCAUCGGCGGGAUGAAGGCUGUCAUCUGGACCGACGUCUUCCAGGUCCUCGUCAUGCUCUCCGGCUUCAUGGCCAUCAUCAUCCAGGGGGUGCUGCUGGUGGGUCCCGCCAGGGUGCGGGCCAUCCCCGCCAAUGGCUCCCGGCUGAACCUGGGCGACUUCAACCCAGACCCGCGGAGCCGGUACACAGUGUGGACCUUCCUGCUGGGUGGGACGCUGGUCUGGCUCUCCAUGUACGGUGUCAACCAGGCCCAGGUCCAGCGCUACGUGGCCUGCAGGACUGAGCGGGAGGCCCGGCUGGCGCUGCUGGUGAAUCAAGUGGGGCUCUUCUGCAUCGUCUCCAGCGCGGUGGCCUGUGGCCUUGUGAUGUUUGCACUCUACAAGGACUGCGAUCCCCUCCUCGCUGGGUACAUCUCGGCCCCAGACCAGUACAUGCCCUACCUGGUCCUGGACAUCUUUGAGACAUCCCCAGGGGUGCCAGGGCUGUUCCUGGCCUGCGCCUACAGCGGGACCCUCAGCACGGCCUCCACCAGCAUCAACGCCAUGGCCGCUGUCACUGUUGAGGACAUCGUCAAGCCCCGGCUGCCCACGCUGUCACCACAGAGGCUGACCCUCGUCUCCAAGGGGCUGUCGCUCAUCUACGGCAUCUCGUGCAUCACGGUGGCAGCCCUGGCGUCGCUGCUGGGUGGUGAGGUGCUGCAGGGUUCCUUCACUGUCAUGGGGGUGAUCAGUGGCCCGCUGCUGGGUGCCUUCGUCCUGGGCAUGUUCCUGCCAAUAUGCAGCACUGCCAACCACACCAUGGGCGUCAACCACACCAUCCUGCUGGGACCCCUGCCCCCCCGCCCAGAGCCUCUGCCACCACCACGGCCACCCAUCGUGGGAGAUUUCUACGCCAUCUCCUAUCUGUACUAUGGGGCGCUGGGGACCCUCACCACAGUGGUGGUGGGGGUCCUGCUCAGCUCCCUGCCAGGGCCAAGGAAGCAGACACGGCUACUCCCGGGUGUGCUGUGGUGG